AUGUCAGCACCCAAACUAUCAUUUUCACUAGGCUCGAAAGCCAAGGCUACUGUCGGCGCAUCACCACCACUCAAGCGAACGGCAGCGGUCGCAUUUGGAAAUGACGAACAAGACGCAGUCGACGCUGCGCCCACGGCUAGAGCCUCGGGGUCGAAAACAAGCGUGAACAAGCAGCUUAUGGCACAAUCUGUUGCUAUGAGUAAGAAGGUCAAACAGCGACAGGACGAGGCAAAGAGAGUGGAUGCCACAGUGUUUAUGUAUGACGAAGUGUACGAUAAAAUGCAACAUGCAAAGAAGGCAGCAGAGACGAAGCGAGAGGAAGAGAGCCAGGAAAGAAAGCCAAGAUACAUCAAAUCGCUUUUAGAGUCAGCUGAAACAAGGCGACUCGACCAUCUACGCGCAGAAGAGAAAAUGUAUCAACGAGAACGGGAGACAGAAGGGGACAUGUACGCUGGAACCGAGUCAUUCGUCACUCAGGCAUACAAAGACCAAAUCGCUGAGAUGCGAGAAGCUGAAGAAGAGGAGAAGAAGCGAGAAGAAGCGAACCGUGCAAAGGCUGGCGCGGCCGGAAUGUCCCAUUACUACAAGAAGCUGCUUGAACGGGAAUCUGCUGCACACGACGCUGCUGUCGCUGCAGGAAACACCGUCGGCCCUACCAUGCCGCAAGGACCAAACCUUACUAUCCAAAGACCCCCAGAGAUGGAGCCACUAUCGGAUCUGCAACUCGCAAAGGAGGCGGCACUGCGUGGCCAGGAUGUGGAAGUUAACGACUCAGGAGAAAUCGUCGAUAAGCGAGAACUAUUGUUACCAGGCUUGAACCUUUCGGCUCCGAACACGCGCAGGCUGGGUGGCCUGACCGUCGACAAAGCCAAACCGAAGCAAUCUUCUGAACAACCUCUUGUUCACCGUGCUGUUGGGGCAGCGGCGAGUCAACGUGAGAUCCGGGAGCGCCAAGCACGACAACUGGAUGAACAGCUGGAGACGGAAGAGAGGAGAAAGGUGCAGGAGCAGGAGAGGAAAGAGAGAGAGGAGAAUGAGAGAAGAGCUGAGAGGAGGAAUGACGAUCAGGCUGUGAUGAGUGCUAGGGAGAGGUACUUGGCGAGGAAGAAGGCAAGAUCGGAGAAUCCCCAGAAGAUCGACGAUGCCAGUUCCUAA